AUGUCGGAGAAAAACGACGUGACCCAGACCGAAAAUGGGGUUCCUAAAUCCAAGCGCACCUGCGCGAGACACUGCAAGCGCUUCUGGUGGGUGUAUCUCAUCGUCCUCUGCAUCAUCACCGUCAUCGUGGUUCCUGUGAUAAUCCUUGUUGCUGUUCCCAAGAUUGCACAGAGCAAAAUCAACGAAGCCGAGCUUGAGAUCCAAAGUGUUCAAAUUCUCGAAACUGAGGAGGGUGCCUAUCUCAUGAAAAUUGACUCUUCCAUCACCACCGAUGGCAAGAUUCAUGCAUCAGUUGAUCCAUUUGAGGCCGAAAUGUACCUCGAGGACUGGCCAGCACAUGUGCCAUUCGCGACAGUGAACAUGCCCGAGACCAACAGCAACAAACACCAGGUCGUGAACGUCACCCAGCACGUCAAAAUCGCCGACAUGGAGGAGUUUACUCGAUUCAACAUCUGGUUCCACAACAACGAAACGCUGCGUGUCACUGUCAAUGGCAAGACAAAGGUCAAGCCAAGUGGUCUGACGCGCAAGUACGGCGUCACCUUCAAGAAGACAGUUGAGCUCAAGGGACUUAACCACUUCGCUGGCACCGAGGUCACGGAUGGCCACAUUGGUUUCGGCGAUGGUACGGAUGAGCCCAACUUCAACGGUACAACCGUUAUUCCCAACGCUUCUGUCUUCACCCUUGACAACGGAAACGUUACCUUUACAAACUUCGUCGGAGACGUAGAGGUUGGUACUCUCACAAUUCCAAACCUACUCCUCAAGCCAGGCAACAACGUUGUCAACAUCACCGCCAGCAUGAACCAAAGCUUGGUUCUGAACGCCGUUCAGCAAGAGCCCUACUGCAAGACAGGCAUCCUUCCCUUCAAACUGUUGGGCAAGUCGGUCAUGAACCAUGGCGAAAAUCUCACAUAUUUUGCCGCGGCGUUGGGAAGCUCAAACCAGACUGUCGAAAUCGACAUUGGUUCCAUCCUGAAGAAGGGCAUUGGCUAUGAAGUGAAGUGCAAAAAGAACUAG